AUGACCGCGCCCGUCGUCGUAGAGGGCGGCGCGGCGCCCUCCACGUCGGGCCGCAGCAUGACCUUCCUGCUCCCGAGCAAGUACAAGUCGGUGGCGGAGGCGCCCGCGCCCGCCAAUCCGGCCGUCGAGCUCGGCGUCGCCCCCGCCGGCCGCUGCGAGGCCGUGGCCACGUACGCGGGCAACCUGGACAUGGACGCCGCCCCGGAGAAGGCCGCACAGCUGCUGGACGCCCUGGAGAAGGACGCCGUUCAGGUCACGGGCGAGUACACCGUGUGCGGGUACAACCCCCCGUUCACGCUCCCGUGGUUCAAGAGGAACGAGAUUCACGUCCCGGUCGACCCUGAUUCCAUCGCGGAGCUGUGCCCGCCGCCGGAGAGCGAGGGAGUUGCUGCGUGA